AUGAACCUAACCGCACUCUUAAACUUUUACCCUCUCGAGGCUCUAGGCUCCUUCUGGUCGGAUUUCAUGAGUACCUCGUCGGGUUCAGAUACCCUCUUCAGGCUAUAUGGAUUUCCUGUCCUCCAUUCCGCCUCGCCACCUUUCCAUAACCUAAUAUUCGACUUACAAGGUCAAGGAAGACAUUAUAGCACAUUUUCUACAAGCAAGAUCAUCCCAGACAUGCUGAAAGAACUGCACAGCGAUGUAUUCGGUGGUUGUAGCGUCACUAUGCCUAUCAAAGGAGCCAUUAUACCUUAUCUCGAUGACAUUGAACCUGAAUCAAAAGCCACAGGAGCUGUCAAUACCAUAGUCAAGGUCCCAGCCCAGCCAGAGUCUGGGGGUAUCAAACUCAUUGGGACCAACACAGAUAUUCUCGGCGUCAAAAAUGCACUCCUUCGGUCCCUUCGUCUGCAACAUUCGGGCGAGAAUAUAUCAUCUCAAGAUAGAUAUCCACCUGGGGCUGGUUCAGCUGUCGUGUAUGGAGGCGGUGCAACCAGUCGAAGUGCCAUCUAUGCUUUGUCAAGUAUGGGCCUACAUCCAAUCUACGUGGUGAAUCGAGACGCAGAUGAGGUCAAGCAAGUCCAGAAUAUAUUCCCAGAACUGGUUUCCCGAGGGUCACUCAUACAUCUCAGAACUCCGCAGGAAGUUGAGGAACACGUUGUGCAGUCGAACCCGAUCUUAAUGGUGGUGGGAGCGAUACCCGCUGUAAAGCCCGUCACAAUGGAAGAGCGGAUGGUAUACACGGUCGCAUCCCAUAUUUUUAAUAUGCCUUAUGACCCACCGAGUUCUUAUAACCCAAGUGGAGUUACGGGAUUGCUCCCUUUACCGAGCAAAAGGCUGUUCCUCGAGAUGGCGUACAAGCCGCGCAUCACUCCUAUGCUCAAAGUUGCUGCUGCCCAUGGAUGGGAACCGAUUGAAGGAAUCGAAGCCAUGAUCGAGCAAGGCUACGCACAACAACGAAUGUGGGCGGCUGGAAAUGCUAGCGCCACCAUUGGCAGUGACCCGUCGAUAUUGGGGACUUUUAUUGAGCGAAUGGCGCGUGAUUUGGUCCUCAGUAUGGAAGAUGUUAUUGUGAAGGAGGUCGAAGUCGACCUCGCAGCGGAAAUGCAAGCAGCACCCCUCGUUGAGACGCCGAGCCCGACAUUCAGAAUUCUACCUACCCGAAAGUAA